AUGCAUUCCGCGUCAGUUGGGAGUAAAAAACGCAUCGACGUGAAUGGUGUUUCUCUGAUUGAUCUAAAGGCUGAAAUAGCCCGCCGUCAGAACGAAGUUAAGACGAAGGCAACUACUGUACCCAACGUUGCCAAUGCAGUUCUCAAACGUGCUGGUGGUGGUAGUGGGGUCUUACUCAAGCGUCCUCCCUCCCCCCCUUCACCGCCUGCAAAGAGCAGAAAGAAAGCGGAGCCUGUUGCGAAAACAGACGGCGAAGAUGAUGUCGCCUGGAAAAGAGCUCGUCGCAGGCUUGAGGCCAAGUCUCGUCUUUAUGAGGCUCUCAAGCAAGCCGCCAUGGUGCAACACUUGGAUGGGGAAAAUGACGAUGACAAAGCCCCACUUGUUGAUUUUGAGCGAAAAGCAAUGGAACAAGGACAGCACUUGGAGGAGAAGCGGUAUAACACCGAUUCAAGUGAAGGUGAUGAUGAAGAUGAAGAUGUACGAACUCGCUCCACUAACGCCGAGCCAGUAAGUAUUCCCGAAGGCCCAGUGACCUAUGCGCACUUGCGGCAAGGUGAGAUUCGGGACCACGGGACGGGUUUCUACGCGUUCUCGGCUGAUGCCGAGAAACGAGCAGCGGAGCAGGCUGCUCUUCGAGAGCUCCGCCGCAGGACGGAACGAGCCCGGAAGUUGGCCGACGAAGAACGACUGAAGCGCGCCGUUGCAAUGGGCAAGCGCCUGGCACGAUUGCGUGCCCGCAAAGGCCUUCCUGAUGUUGCAACAGCUGCUGCCAACCUACUUGAUGAAAAACUAGAGGACGAGACUGAUCAAAGUCCUGCAGUUUCCACCCAAUCAGAAGUCACUGUGGGAGAACAGCUUGGCUCUGAUGACCUUGAUAUUGCCUCAAUGUUGCGUCGUCUACGUGAUGAGGCGGAAAUUAAGCAAGCAGCUGCUGAAGCCACCUCUGCUAAAGCAAUGAGCUCAUCGUCUUUGGAGACGGCACCUACGACCGUGUCCUCUUUGCCGAAGAAACGGGCUCCAAGAGAAUGGGAUCGUGGUAAAACUUUUAUUCCCCCUCCGGUUCCAUCUCUUAAUGUUCGCCCAACCUCUUAUAAACCCAAAGCAAUGGAGGCGAGAAAUCCCCAAUUUGCCCCUCCUGACGCAUACCGAUGA